AUGCGUUUCGUAGUAAAACAAACAGGUGCGGGAAGUGAGCGUAUUGGUACUCUAUCGGGAUUUAUGAAAUCACCCGGCAUUGUUAUUGAAACUCCUACAGCUGCACUUUUUACCCAGGGAGGCAGUGUGGUCCAUUUGACGGCAGAUGUACUGUCAUGGGUUUUUUCUUACCCAAAACCAUUAUGGAUGCCCUUAUCAAACUGUGUACAGUUGGAAAAUGGUGUAAAGGCCCAAAAUGGAGGGGUGGCAAAAUUUGUGGGUUUACCUGGACAUGUCACUUGUGCCACAUUAAAUAAUUUAUCUGAAGUUACACCACUAGGACAUUUUGAGGCUGAUAAAGUACCAUUAUGGACUAAGAAUGGAAAGAAAAUGAUUACAGCUAAUAGAUAUAUGGAUGUUAUGGAAGUUUUCAAACCAGAUAUAAUUUUGGCGAUUGCAGAUGGCCGAACAUCACUCAAUGAAGGUUCUAAGAGACUGUCCAAGGCUGUGAAUAGAACUACCAAUAUGCUUAAAAUAUGUGUGGAAAGAUUUAAAGCUGCUAAGCAGCUACAGGAUAGUGCUUUUGUAGGUGUAAUUGUAGGUGCAGGAAAUCCAAAGAAAUGUGAUAUUUGUAUAGAAAAUAUAUUGAAACAUUCAGAUUGCUUGACUGGUAUCGCUGUAGAAGGUAUCACUGAUGGAACAGAAGAAUCCAUGGACAUAGAAAAAGUGAAGCUAAAUGAAAUCUUUGAGAAGAUUGGUAAUAAAAUUCCAAAAGAUCUACUGCGUAUAAUAGAAGGAAGUUGGAAUCCAGCAGUUAUUUUAUCGGCUAUAGAAUAUGGAUGGGAUUUCUUUGAUGGUUCAUACCCAGUGAAGUUGACAAAUGCUGGUGUAGCACUGAAACUUAGCUUAGACGUUACCAAAGAAAAUGAUACAAUGUAUUUGUUGGAUAUGAUUGAUGAAAGGUAUAAGGAUGACUUCUCGCCCAUUUUGGAAGGUUGUGAAUGCUUGACUUGCAAAAAGCACACUCGGGCCUACAUCCGUCAUCUGUUGAACACUCGAGAAAUGUUGGCUUCGGUGUUAUUAAGCAUACACAAUCUCCAUCAUUUCGACCAGAUGUUCUUCCACGCGCGUCAACACAUCGCCUGCAAAACGUUUGCAGUUUACAAACAACAUAUCAUAAAACAGUGUGAAAUGCUCAAAACCUUCGCUCCAGAUCGAUAUAAGGGCUCAAAUGAGACAGAAAAACCGACCAAUCAAAAGAAAAAGGCCAAAGUGAGUGAGAGUAUAAAUAGUGAUGUAAAUAGUGUAGAUAAUAGUGUUGUAAAUAAUAUA